GCCCGGCCAUCUUGUGGGGACGAGCUGAAGCAGGCGCCGUCGGCUCGGCGCGGCCCGCUGCAAUCCGUGGAGGAACGCGCCGCCGGGGCCCCAUCAUGCCCGGCCACCUGCAGGAAGGCUUCGGCUGCGUCGUCACCAACCGGUUCGACCAGCUAUUUGACGACGAAUCGGACCCCUUCGAGGUGCUGAAGGCGGCCGAGAACAAGAAGAAGGAAGGCGGCGGCGGCGGCGGCGGCGGCGGGGGCGGCGGCGGGCCCGGGCCCAAGAGCGCGGCGCAGGCCGCGGCCCAGGCCGGCGCGGGCGGCGGGGGCGGCGGGGGCGCGCCCGGGAAGCCGCUGCGCAAGGAGUCGCAGAAGGACCGCAAGAACCCGCUGCCGCAGCAGCCCGCGCCGCCCAGCGCCGCCGCCGCCGCCGGCUCGGCCACAGCCGCAGCCAACGCGGCCGACAAGAAGGACGAGGCCCCGCCGCCGCCCGCCGCGCUCAAGAAGGAAGGGAUAAGACGAGUUGGUAGAAGGCCUGACCAGCAACUUCAGGGUGAAGGAAAACCAAUUGACAGGAGACCUGAAAGGCGACCACCUCGUGAGCGACGAUUUGAAAAAUCGAUUGAAGAAAAGGGUGAAGGAGGAGAAUUUUCAGUUGAUAAGCCUAUCAUCGACCGGCCGAUCCGAGGUCGUGGCGGUCCUGGGGGAAGAGGACGUGGUGGCCGUGGCCGUGGAAUGGGCAGAGGAGAUGGUUUUGACUCUCGUGGAAAGAGAGAAUUUGAUAGGCAUAGUGGAAGCGAUAGAUCUUCUUUCUCACAUUCACAUUUCAGUGGUCUGAAGCACGAGGACAAACGUGGCGGAAGCGGCUCGCACAAUUGGGGAACGGUCAAAGACGAGUUGACAGGGGGCCCCCAAUACACUCAGAAACAAAUGUCUUAUAAUUGCAGUGACUUGGAGCAAACCACUGUGACCGAGGAGACACCUGAGGGAGAAGAGCAUCCAGUGGCUGAUACAGAAAAUAAAGAAAAUGAAGUGGAGGAGGUAAAGGAGGAGGGCCCGAAAGAAAUGACCUUGGAUGAGUGGAAGGCUAUCCAGAACAAGGACCGGGCAAAAGUAGAAUUUAAUAUCCGCAAACCCAACGAGGGCGCCGAUGGGCAGUGGAAGAAGGGAUUUGUGCUCCACAAGUCCAAGAGUGAGGAGACGAAGGGAAUGGCAGAGGUGCAGGGGAGCCCUGUGGAGUCAAAUGAGGCUCACACUGAAGAAUCUGUGAUGGAUCAUCACUUCCGUAAGCCCGCCAAUGAUAUCACAUCCCAGCUGGAGAUCAAUUUUGGAGACCUUGGUCGCCCGGGACGUGGCGGCAGAGGUGGGCGAGGCGGGCGUGGACGUGGUGGACGGCCCAACCGCGGAAGCAGAACUGACAAGUCAAGUGCUUCUGCUCCUGAUGUAGAUGACCCAGAGGCUUUCCCGGCUCUGGCCUAAACUGGACGUCCUAAGCCAACCCCGGUUCCUUUGUGGACCCUCCUCCACGAGGCUUGCAUGCUUAACGAUCCUAAACGACUAAGAAAUUUUAAAAAAAGACUGUCAUUCAUACCAUUCACACCUAAAGACUGAAUUUUAUCUGUUUUGAAAAUGAACUUCUCUCGCUACACAGAGGCAACAAUAUGGUAGUCAGUUUUGUAUUUAGAGAUGUAAUGGUAGCAGGGAUGUUUUCAUAAUUUUCAGAGAUUAUGCAUUCUUCAUGGAUACUUUUUUGUAUUGCUGCUUGAAAAUAUGCGUUUCCAAACUUGAAAUAUAGGUGUGAACAGUGUGUACCAGUUAAA